CAUUACCAUUCAUUAUUUUUAUUUGCUUGAAAUUUUAUCUUUGAAGUGGAUCUGAUGCGAUGUGAAAAUUCAAUUGGCUAGAAAUUCCGAUUCAGUCCAAGUUCACCAUUCCUUGGUUGUGACCGUAUAGAAAUAUGUACAAAGACGCGGUUUUAGCGGUAAUUUUUUAUGUUUUGGUGGUAGGUGGUAUAGACGAAUCGUUAGCUAUAAUCGAUGGAGAUGAAGUUAAGCCACAUUCAAUGCCUUACAUGGCGGCAAUAACAGCAACAAUUGACGAUAGGCCAAUUCUUUGUGGAGGAUCUUUGAUAAGAACUACUCUAGUACUGACGUCAGCUAGAUGUGUAUAUGGGGCAAAAGAAGUAACUAUUGUUCUAGGAGCGCAUAACAUAAACAAAAAUGAACCAUCUCAGGUACGUCUGACGUCCUCAAAAUUCAUCAUCCACCCAAAAUACCGACAUGAGAAAAAACUUCAUGACAUCGCACUAGUCCAACUGGAGACGCCAGUUAAGCUUAACGAAAACAUACAGACAAUCGAGCUACCUCAAAUAGACGACAUUUUCACUUCCUUCAACGAAAAAUCUGGAAUUAUCGGUGGAUGGGGUAAAACGAAAGAUACAUUGACUACCUUCAGUCCUGUGCUACGUAGCACCAACUUGACUAUAGUACCACUGAUCACCUGUGAGCUAGGUUACCUGUUCUCCCUGACCGGAGACCAAAUGUGCACUUCUGGGACCUCAAAGAAAAACUUCUGCUUGGGAGAUGCUGGAAGUCCGCUUGUUGUGGAUAAUGUUCAGGUAGGGAUAGCUUCAUUUGGUAGUGAUCUAGGAUGUGAAGCUGGAUUUCCUGGGAUAUAUACACGCAUGACUAGCUACGUAGGUUGGUUAUUAGUAUAUUCAAAUGUUUAGUGCAACAGUUUAUGUAGAGAGUAGCAAAACAUGGCGGUAAGACAACGAUUUUGUAAAUAAUAAACGUCUAUAUUAACUGUUUCGCUGAUUUAUCAUGCCCGUAACAAAUUACACUAAAACUACAUAAAACUUAUCAAAUAUUCAAUUGUAAACAUGCUCGCUGAUCCAGUCUAAAAAGCUUGUAACUCUGGUGUAGACCCCUGGCCAGCCUGAAGAGCACCCAAAUACAAAGUUGAAGGACACAAUUCCAACCUGAAACAAUGAAAUGGGUCAUUAAAAAUUUGGAUUCAGAAUCGACUAUAAAAAUGGAACUAAUGAAAAUUUUUUCAAUUUCUUCAAAAUAAAUAUAAAGUACAAUAUCAUUCAAAUAACUGCCACCACUGAUCUGCAGGGUUAUUAAGUAAUAUAAUGUAAAAAAAAAUCUGUAAAAUAUCAACUAGUACACUAGGUAACCGCUAAUGUGUCGCUAGUUCAUUCCGCGCCUACAAUACCUCAUCCGCAAGCGUAUUACGUAAAUUAAAAAGUGACUAUAGAUUCUUAAUCACGUUAUGUCGGUACUUCCGAAAAAAAAUUCACGGUGUGAUUCAUUUCAUGUUCACUUUUAUCAGCUAUACGUCAUGACACUUGACCUAAGGUACCUGGACCAAAUAAGGCCAAGCACCUAAUAAUGCCAUGCAUCGAUUUGUACAGAAACUGUUAACAUUUAAAAUUACAGAUUUCUGCAGCUCUACAAAUUUAUUGAGAACAGUUAGCACCCAUAAAUUCAGCAGCUGUGGAGCGGCGCUAGUUGGCGCAGUAGGACAGAGUCAAUGUUCAACAUGUGCCUUAUAAAAUUUCUGCUCUAAAUUUGUCUCCGUUUUUACAUGUUGUUGGCUUCUUUUUGCGGAAUCUCUUGUUAAUUCAAUCAGGUAAGUCUAUAAGGCAUAUGCAAGUAGGCAUUUGCUGUUGCCAGGUUUUGAGUGUUUUCAAUUUUGUAAAUUUUAUGUUAUUUAAGGUUAGAUGUGCGUAAUAAGGUCAUGUUAAAUGGUUCCCAGAAGAAUAAAGUCGAAAACUGGUACUUUUUCAUGCGAUAAGGAUGAAAUACAUGACAUAUGCGCCUGUGUGUAAUAUGCUUAAGAUAUGUCCAUGAGAAAUGUAUAUACAUAUAAGCUUGUGUAGAGGCGAUAAGGUAUCUUUUGUUUGUCAUCAAUGCGUAGGCAAAAACAAGUUGAUUUUUUCACUUGAAAUAUGUCUGGAGUUAAGAAUGAUUUAUUGUUGUUAAUUAGAAAUAUAACUUCGUUUAUUCAAUA